AUGGCCUCGGCACGGAGUCCUCGGGACGACAAGCUUGCCGACGACCUACUGGAGUACAUCAAUGACAGCGACACCCAAUUCCAUGCCGUCGAGCAAGCAAAGGCCAGGCUGGAUGCCGCAGGGUACAUGCGCCUCAGCGAGAGGCAAAGCUGGGACGGUCUGAGGCCUGGUGGGAGGUAUUAUUUCACUCGCAACGACUCCACGCUCGUGGCCUUUGCGGUGGGAGCCCGGUACGAGCCGGGCAACGGCUUCUACAUCCUAGGGGCCCACACUGACAGCCCCUGCUUCAAGCUGAAGCCGGUGUCCAAGUGCACCAAGAGCGGCUAUGCCAUGGUGAAUGUGGAGCCGUAUGGCGGCCUGCUCCAGCACACCUGGUUCGACCGGGACCUCUCAGUGGCGGGCCGCGUGCUGAUCAGGACAGAGGAGGGGUCCAUGCAGCAUAAGCUCGUGAAGGUGCCCGAGCCCAUACUCCGCAUCCCCAUGCUGGCCAUCCACCUCCAACGGGAUAUCAACUCCACAGGCUUCAACCCCAACAAGCAGACAGAGUGCACGCCACUCCUGGCCCUCCAGGCUGCCCUGCAAGACAGCGAGGGCCCCGCAGUGUCAGAGGGUCGGCACCACCCCUGGCUGCUCCACAUCCUAGCCAAGGAGCUGGGUGUGAGGCCAGAAGACAUCGUCGACUUUGACCUCAACGUGAUCGACACGCAGGCUGGCGUGAUCGGGGGCGCGGAGGGUGCGUUUGUGUUCGUGGGCCGGCUCGACAACCUGUGCAGCUCGUACCUGGGCCUGCGGGCGCUGCUGGACAGCGACGUCAGCCUGGCGAGCGAGGCGGGGGUCCGAGUGCUGGCGCUGUUUGACAACGAGGAGGUGGGGUCGGCCUCGGCCCAGGGUGCCGCGGGCCCGGUGCUGCAGGACACCAUCGCACGCGUGGCGGCGGUGCUGGGUGGGGGCGCAGAGGGGGCGGUGCAGCGCGCCCUGCAGGCCUCCUUCCUCCUCUCGGCGGACAUGGCGCAUGCGCUGCACCCAAACUACCCAGACCGGCACGACGCAGCGCACGCGCCGCGCCUGGGCGAUGGCAUUGUCCUGAAGCACAACGCCAACCAGCGCUAUGCGACCACCGCCGUGUCGGCCACCCUCUUCAGGGAGGUUUGCCGCCAGGCCGGCGUGCCGACGGCCGACUUUGCUGUGAGGAGCGACAUGGGGUGCGGGUCCACCAUCGGCCCCAUCCUGGCCUCGGGGCUGGGACUCAGGACGGUGGACGUGGGCCUGCCCCAGCUGUCCAUGCACUCCAUCCGGGAGAUGUGCGCCGUCGCCGACGUGGGACACGGCUACAGGGCUUUCCUUGCUUUCUACCAGACCGUCAGCGCCCUGGACGCCGCACUCGAGGGUGCCAACGCAGGCCCGGCAUGA